UAGGUUUACUUUCUUUCGCUUUUUACAGUUUUUACUGUUUUAAUUAAUGUGUCCAUUUUGCAAGCUCUGAAGUGAAGUGUGUUUAUCUACAACACGCGCGUUCAGUUUUCAGUUGUUGUGAUAAUGAACAGCUUAUCGCAGAUAGAUAUAAAAUAAUUAAACGCUAAUUGGAUCAACAAAUCAAAGGUGCCAAUUUUGAGAGUGGACUUAACAAAUCGCCCAAAAACCUAGACAUUUCCAAUGAUUCAAAACCAAUAGGAGUAAACCGCGUGAUUUCAACCGCAAUUUAUUAUGCCGCAACUGAUAACUCGUGAGAAACCAUACAACCCUGGUCAGUACGGUCGUUUAAACACAAAGAACGAGAGUCACCGCUGUCUGACCUACCCUAAAGAGCAUUAUGAAAAAUGGGGGAAAACGCUGGAAAAUCUGGCUUCCAACGGCUUUUAUCUCACCAAAUCUGGAGAAAAUUUCAAUCUGAGUUGCCACUUUUGUUUUAAUAUCAAGCCUUUGGUGUUGGACGUCGAUCAAAUGUUCACUUUUGCCCAGGGUAAGGAUGUAGUGCAAAUUUCUGAAUGGCAUUUGAGAAGAGCGACCUACUGCAAGUGUGGCGAUCCUGGAGGAGAAAAUUUUCCUCGAAAAAGGGUAAAUGUUUUUGAAUCAGAGAGGGCCUGCUCUCUGUUAGCAGCGACAUUCAACAAUCCUGGCCUUUGGAAAGUUUCACCUUACGACUUGGCUAGAGACGGAUUCUAUUUGUAUGACCCGGACGCGAAUAAUGACCGUGUCAAAUGCACGUCUUGCGAAGUUGUAGUUGGAAAUUGGCAAGAGACUGACAAUGCACAUGAAGAGCAUGUAAAAGCAGCCGCUGGAAAUGAGUGCGAUUUUAUUGACGGAACGCCAAAAGAGCCAAAAAACGUGCCCGUUUACAAGGAGACCUAUUAUCGCUAUACCGGCGGCCGAAUCCAAGGAGAUGAACCGUUAAAUGAUUUACUUCUUCGAGGAGGAGGCUGGGGAGUGAAAGAUGCGGAAUUUCCAAAAUUUGCAUCUUUGGAAGAUCGAGCAAAGAGUUUUACCAGCAUGUGGCCUCUGAAGGAGUCAAUCCCUGCAUCGCGAAUGGCAGCUUGCGGAUUUUUCUACGCCGGACAAGAGGACAAAACCAUUUGUUAUUUUUGCGGAAUUGCCCUGCACAAAUGGACUCCUGGGGAUAACCCCAAAGCCGAGCACGCGAAAUACAAUCCAGAUUGUACGACAUUACGCGGAAUUUGAUCA